AUGAGCAAUAAUAUAGAGCUGGAUGUCAGCAGAUGUCUUUGUGUACAUUCCAGCUUUCAAGCAAUUGAUAUCGCUAUUCAGUCAAUCCUCUACAAACGUGGUUUUGUACCUACGCUUAUUUCUCAAAUCUCAACUUGUGCCGAUUCAAGAAAGGAGCAAGCGUUCGCCAUUCAGUAUAACAAGAUGAGAGACUCACUUCGGGAAUUGUUUCGAACUCGUAAUCGACAUCAUUUGCGUUCAGUAGCGUUGCUGUUAGGUGGAUGUUGUGUUCUACCAAAAGAGAUAUACAUCUUUCCGAUACAUGACUGUCAUUCCGCAGAUUCUGAAGGUGACGUCGAAUGCUCUUCGAAUUGCGUUGAGCUCUCAAAGAAAGAAAUGCGACAGUUGUGUUUAUCUUUAACGAUCGAUUUGGAUCUAAGCCAUUUACCGAAUUUACUGCCAUCAGCUUCCGCUUACGUAUUGGUCGAAGCUGAUACAUCAGUUGAUUAUCCGAGUGAAUUCUUCACACCAUAUGAGCAAUUCGAAUUACCUUCCGAUGAAAAAGCCAACAAACACAGGAUUUCAAUGUCGUUUAUAUCCUUUAAACAUCAUUGCAUGUCGGAAUGUACGUCAAAUAGUGGUCAGUCAAUAUGGCUCCGAGUCGAUCCUCAGCUGCAUCGUUUAAUUGCUUGA